AUGACCCUCCAUUCAGCACACAAAGAAACCACAGGGGAUACCAAGAUCAAAUAUCCAUUUUGGUUCGGCGGUAGUGCCAGCGCUUUGGCUGCUUGCGUCACUCAUCCUCUUGAUCUUGGUACAGUCCGUUUGCAGACACGUACAGUGAAUGUGGCCCCGUCGUUUGCUUCGGCCGUCAAGACCAUCAUCAGUGAUGAAGGCAUACCAGCCUUGUACAGUGGUCUAACAGCAUCAAUUGUGCGUCAACUCACAUAUUCGGGCAUUCGUUUUGGCAUCUAUGAGGAACUCAAGUCGAGGGCUGGUCCUGCUCCCAGCAGUCACUUUCUCCUUGCCACUGCGUGGUGUUCUGGAUUCGCGGGUGGAAUUGCUGGUAACUUUGCCGAUGUUCUAAAUGUGAGAAUGCAGCACGAUGGGUCACUUCCAUCUCACCAAAGGCACAACUAUCGUCAUGUCGGUGACGGAAUGUUGCGAAUGGCACGGGAAGAAGGUAUCGGCGCCUACAUGAGAGGAUGGCUGCCUAACUGUACACGUGCUGCGACCCAAACGGCAGGGCAGCUUGCAAGCUAUGAUAUCAUAAAAGGGUGUAUCAUCAACUAUAGCCAGACAGAUGAGACACCCGCAGUACAAGCCCUUUCCGCGUUUCUAGCAGCUGUAGUUGCAGUGACCAUCACGAAUCCUCUGGAUGUUGUCAAAACAAGGGUCAUGUCUUCUAUGUCUACAGCAGGGACAGGUAUGGCAGUUACGGCAAGAGAAGCGUUCCGGGCAGAAGGAGGUACUUGGAUCUUUCGAGGAUGGGUACCGAGCUUUUUACGAGUUGGGCCGCAUACGAUGUGCAUGUUCGCAUUUUUGGAAAUUCAACGAAAUGUCUAUCGAAGGGUAUGCACUUGA